AUGGCGGGCAUGGGAAACUUCGCUCUCCGCAACGACCACCCGAAUUCACAAGAUGCUGACCGGCCGGCGACCGCCCAAAAGACGCGUGAUGCCGUGGAGCAUAACGGCAAUCCUGUAUUCGACACGGACACGGAGGAAUUCGAUGCGACUCAAGAUAGCCUUGAUGAACCAGAUCACGCUGCUUCGGACGGCUCCCAGGAUGGCUCGGAACACGAUCAUGAUGACGAGCAGGCUGAUCAAGGCUACUAUCAACAUGGGAUCGCUCAACUCGAUGUUAUGAUGUCGCAGAUGAAGAGGGACAAUGCUCAAGCUGGCUAUAACAAUACAGACUCCUACCCACCUACCACUUCUGGCGAACCAGACCAACUUGAUUACUCUGAGCAUGAAGUCGAACUUGACCAGCCACAAGCUCAGUCUCGUGCCAAGCAGCAUCGUGACCUUACUAUGAUCAAACCCGCACAGAGAAAUGUGGUUUCCACUCCUUUGGUCACUCAAACCGAGCCACCUCACACCCAACACACCAAGGAUGCUCUCAAAGUCACCGUCAAGCCCACGAAACUUCGGGUGCAACAUCAGAAGUCACGGAGCAAGACACACGGAACUUCUCAGCCCAUGGCCAAACAUGCUCCGGGCCAGUUUCAGACUACCACCCACGCUGCCACGACGCACCAAGCCACUGUCAGAGCUCCUCUUGAACAGCCUGAUCAAGCACUUCGACAGUCUGCCCGUGCCCAAAUCAUCACAACCGACCAUCGCCCAAAGCACAUCAACGAAGUCGGCAGUCACCAUCAGCAGUAUGCGAGAAGACCUGAUCCUCACGAGCAGCACCUUAACAACAUUCAUCCUCAGCAACACAACGGUUUUCAUCAUCAGCAGCAGCAACAGCAGCAGCAGCGAGUUGAAGACCUUCCGGAAGAACAUUACGAACAUAACACGUACGCAGAAGAUCUCGAUUACGAGCUAGGAAGAUUGUACGAGAAGGACUUUGAUGAUCUGCAGAACGAGCCUUUCGAUGGACCACCACGUGAGGACGCUCAUGACGCUCCAUCCGAUUCCUCUUCAAUGCCGCUCGAAGAGAGACUCGCAGCCUUCUCUAGACUUGAUGUACAAGAUCAGAAAGAGCUGUUCUCUUCAUUGGACAUUGAACAAUGGGAAGAGGCCGGUGACUGGUUCCAGAAGCGCUUCUCGGAGAUCUUUGACAAGCUCAAAACUGCACGCAGGAACAGGCGUGACAAGGCUUCUGAGUUUGAGCAGCGUAUUGCUCAGAGACAGCAGGCGGUUACCAAGAAAAGAAAGAUUACCGACGAUGUGUUGUCAGAAAUGAAGAGAACAGGACAACUAGUCCUGGUAGGUACGCCAAAGAAGAAGCAAAAAGUCACAGAGUGA